AUGGAUGCAGACAAUUGUAGUAAUGCACUCAUUUUGUAUGAGGCUGCUAUAAGUGAAAUCGAACGGCGUUUGAAUGAGGUAAAACGUGUUGAACAGUUGUCUACAGCAGUAAUUAAGCUGCGUUUAGGGUCCCUUCAGAAAGCAGCUGAUUCACUACAGACAGCCGCUUCUGAAUAUUAUAAGGAGAUUAAUGGUCGAGAAUUAGUAAAUGCUAUAACGAGGACUAACGGUUACCUCUCUAGCGCAGACAAUAAAAUCUCCAAACUCACCGAUCGGUUAGCAGUACCCACACCCGCGCCCGCCCCACCGCCCGCGCCCAUACCUGUUAAUCCGACACCUGCGGUACCUGCUACCCCUAGUAUUCCACAACCUAAGUUGCCUCAAAUUACGAUACCUACUUUUGAUGGCAAAAUUGAGCAGUGGUAUCCUUUUUGGACUGUUUUUAAAGCAGUUAUUCAUGAUAGGCAGGACAUGAAUGAUGUCAUCAAGUUUACUAUGCUGAAUAGUUAUCUUAAGGGUAAAGCACGCGAAACCGUUGAGGGUUUAGCUAUAACUCCAGCUAAUUAUACUGCAGCAAUAAGCUUACUGAAAACUCGUUUUUCCAACGUUGGGAAAUUAGAAGAGAACUUAAGAAAUCGGCUGUUAAGUUUACCGCACCCUGAGCAUGAUGCAGAGCAAUUGAUGGAUUUCCUUAUGAAAUGGAAUAGCAUCGUUCAUCAGUUAGACGCUUUACCAGGUAUUAUGAGCGGCGACUCUAAUGAGAAAGCAAUUAUCAAGCGGUGUUUAUCAAAGGAAACAUUGCAAGCCUUGUAUCAGACAUAUAAUACUUGUGAACUUAGUGUAGAUCAAUUGAGAAAGGGCAUUGAGAAAUUAAUUGAGCGUUUAGGUAGAAGUAAUAUGCAUAACCCCACGCCAUCACCGUCCAACCCAGUUAAGAGUGGCAAGGAUCGUAACACAAGUUCACUAUUACCUAAUGCUACGAGCGUCAAUGUAAAUUCGUCUCGGCAACCUUCUAGCACCAAAUCAGGUCGUAGUAGAGUUGAUAAUAAGCCUAUAGAAACUGCUCAAUCGCAGCCUAGUUUCAGUACUAGUCAGAAAUCUGUGGCCACGAGUAAUCAGAGUAAUUCUCAGAAUAAUGUUAACAGUAAUCAAGUAACUGUGAAAAAUGUAGCAUCUCUUCGACCGACAGCAUUACCGACAGCCACCCUUCUAUUGAGUAAUGAUGGGAAUCGGAUCCCGGUUCGAGCAUUUUUAGUCAGCGGAUCUCAAAGAACGUUCAUUAACCCAGAUGUUGUUGAGAAAUUGAACUUAGUGCCCAUAAAACAAGUGGAACUUACAUUAAUUCCGUUUGGAGAUAAUGUUGAAACUAAAAUGUUUGAUGUAGUAAGAGUAAUAGUUCGAGCAGGUACUAAACGUAUCAAAUUAAAUGAAGUUGUUUGUAAUCAUGUUAACACUUCCAUACACACACCUGGUCUACACAACGUGUAUCUACGAUUGCAAGAACGAGGUGUUAAACUGGCAGAUAAGAAUAUUGAAUCAGAUACCCUCAGUGAUAUAGGUUUGAUUAUUGGUGCUGAUUAUUAUAAUGCAUUUGUGUAUUGUCACGAUAAAUAUGAUGAUGUAUGUUUGCUUGGUAGCACUGCCGGUGCUGUUAUUUUUGGUCCUAUACCCAAUUGGGCUUGUAAUGUUAUCAGUGAUGAUGAAAAUGUAAGAUCUGUAAUAAAUACACAGAGUAUAGUUUGCUCGAGAGUCACUGCUUCUAUAAAUCCUCUUGAUGGUGAGGAUAUUUCUAGACUGUGGUCAUUAGAUACGAUCGGCAUUGGGAAGGAUGCGCGAUCCUAUAACGACCAAGCAGCGAUCGAACAUUUCAAUGAGACUAUUGUAAAGACUGAUAACAAAUAUACGAUUGAUUUGCCAUUUAAGAGCGAUGCCAGACCCCCUACGGGUUAUAGAAAAGCCUUAGGUCAAUUAUAUUCACUUAAGUCUUAA